AUGCUCCCCUCCGCCGCCCGCCGCUCCCUCGCAGGCCUCAUCCCCCCAAAGAUCGCCACCCCCGGCGCCUCCUCCGGCACCACCUCUGCCCGUACCGCCCAGGUCAUCGACUUUUACUCCAAGCUCCCCAAGGGCGCCAAGCCCGCUGCUGAGAGGGCCGGUGGUAUUCGCGGCAGGUACUUUGAGGGCAAGAACGCUUCUGGCAAGCCCCUUGUUGCUGCCAUUGGUACCCUUUUCCUCCUCGGUUACACCAUCGACUACAACAUGCACCUCAAGCACCACAAGAACGGCCACCACUAG